UGUUAACCGAUAUUUUUCAGCUCACAUAUUAGUUUCAGUCUUGACUUUGGUCAUUCUAAACGUGGCUACUUACCUGAAACAUAGCUGUUUAGAAUGUUAACACUGUACACAUAGCUAUGGUGCAAGACAAGACUACUAGCUUACUUUCAACAGUGUUUUCUCAACUUUGAGUGAUCCUCCAACUGUAGCUUUGGAUUUGAGUCAAGACCAAUGGCAGGCUGUAUGACAGAGUUGAUCACAGCAUGUUCCAACGUCACACUGUCCGUCUCUGCCCUGUACACAGCAUAUCAGCUCUUCAAGGACCACAGAGCUCCAGCAGUGGGUUUCUUUCUGCUCGGUCUCUCCUCAGGCCUCUGCACCCUGCCUCUCUCCUUCAGCCCAUACCUGACCUCUGUACAGGGGGACCUGGAGUGGGCUGGCGAGGUCCUGGCUCCACCGCUAGUCUCCUUCGGCUUCCUGUGGCUCAGCGAAGACCGCACCACAGCAAACACCCUCCUUAUUGGCUCAGCUCUCCUCCCGGUGCUCUGCGAUUGGCUGUCAGCGGACGAGUUGAUGCUGAUGUCACGCUGUCUGGCGCUUUCUGCCGUCUCCUGCUCGCUCACUGUGUGUCUGUUUGCGGGAAACGCUGUCGGGGCCCUGGGCAGUGUGGCCCUCAGCCUGCCGCAAAUGGUGGCCCCCAUGGUGGGGGUCAAGACUCUGGCUCCCCUUGUCUCUCCAGGGGCCACUGUGGGACUGCUUAAGUGGCUCCUGAAGGGCUCCAUGGCUGUAGGGUGCUGGGCCUCUGAGAAGGCACUUAGCAAGUACCUGUUGGAACUGAAGGACCUGGACUCCCCAUUUUAACUUGUUACCACUGUAACUCAGGGUUUCCCCAAACUCAGUCCUCAGGACCCCAGGGUUUCCUUUCUUUCCUAAGCACUACACCGCUUAUUCAAAUAAUCAACUAAUCAUCAAGCUUUGUAGUGUUUGGGCAAAAACCAAAACGUGCACCCCUUGGAGUCCCGAGCGUGGAGUUUGGGAAACUGUAACGUCACUGUAACAGUUACUGACUGUCUGAACAGUUCAAUAGUCCCUCACACAUGAUAAUGACUGAUUGUUAAGUUGAUGUGGUCUCAUGAUGUGCACAUAGAGCUGCUGACAGAAGAGAACCAGAUGGAGGGUCUAUUUAUUUUGUCCUGCAGGGCCUUGCCUCAUAGAAGUAGAACGAAUAGAACGGUCUGGAACCUCUGACCAUGGACAUUUGACUGGUAAAGUCAUGGGUGCACUCAAAAUGAGCAAGCUUGUUCUACUUAUUCUAGUACUGUGGCUUGCCUUUGAUCUGUAGCCAAUGACCUUUCCAAUUCCUACUGGCCAAUGACCUUUCCAAUUCCUACUGGCCAAUGACCUUUCCAAUUCCUACUGGCCAAUGACCUUUCCAAUUCCUACUGGCCAAUGACCUUUCCAAUUCCUACUGGCCAAUGACCUUUCCAAUUCCUACUGGCCAAUGACCUUUCCAAUUCCUACUGGCCAAUGACCUUUCCAAUUCCUACUGGCCAAUGACCUUUCCAAUUCCUACUGGCCAAUGACCUUUCCAAUUCCUACUGGCCAAUGACCUGUCCAAUUCCUACUGGCCAAUAUCCUUUCCAAGAGAUUAUCCAUAUAAUGAUGCCAUUCUGCCAAUUUGGAGGUGACAUGAUCCACCAUUGGGACAGGUGCUGUUGCCAGUGUAUGAGCACUGUCAAGGGUGUUCUACUUGUUCAGCUUAUUGUCAUGGCCAGGGAGCUCUGCUCUGUUAUCGAAAUACUUUCAUCUAUGCAAGUCGAAGAAGCACUGGUGUCUAAUUCUAAAACUGUAAACAUUAUUGAUGAUAUUAGUAACAGCGGUUAAUAAUAUUUUAUGUGUUAAAAUAUUGAUUUGUUAAAGUAUCAACAAGAGUAGUGCUUGGAUCUAACGCUUGUAUGUACUGAUUGUCAUGGGUCACUAAUACUCCCAACCUCUUCCACUCCGCAUGUUAGAAAGUCUAAUUCAUCUCUGGAUGUUGAUUUACAGGACAGUGUCAUUACCAAUUGGCUAUAAAAGAUUCUAUCUGCUUA